ACAACGUGACACAGGCUUGCCAACUUCCUCUCUGUGCCUUGGUGUAAAGUUGAGAUAAACUACCCAGUUUUAAAGUGAAGGGAAAAAGAUUUGAACCUAAGUUAACUGUAGAAAUAGUUCUUUUCAACUUUUUUGGCUCAUCAUCCAGACAACCAUGAAGUGGGGAUUACCCUGUCCGAGGCCACUUUGGGGGAUGAAGUUCAUAUUUUGGUUUUGCUGUGGUCUCUUUUACAUAGCUGGAGCCAAUGGCGAGAUGUCCCACGCCCACGCUACGCUGGGUGUUUCCGCUCCCCACCUGUACUACACCUGUCCCACGGGAGCAACUGUGAAACUGUUGUGUGCCCAGAGAGGUGCCACCUUGUACCCUAAAGAUGCCUUGAGAAAUAGCUGGCUUUUUACACAGCACAGUGACCAGCACUGUACAGGACGGCAGGGCCCACGCGGUAUUACCAUUGGUGCCCAUCCCCAUGGCAACCACACUUUGCCCGCUGGCUUGCACUUUGGAUCGGCAGAGAAGAACUUCUGGAUGUCUCUAGAGAAUGUGAUGCCCGCUGACCAAGGUCGCUACUGCUGUAUGGUCCUGGACUUCCAUGUGGAGAAUAAUCACAGAACCCUCGUGCAGAAGCCCCACAGUCACGUUAUACUCCAAGUAACACCACGGAGAAAUGGAUCCCAAGAGUGCACAGUCUGGGAUCCAGCACCACCUGGAGGCUCUGUGCCAGUGGCCUUGGCCAUAGCAGCCUGCAUCUUGGCUCUGCUCUCACUGCCUCUUAUUCUGGUGCUUGUGUACAAACAGAGGUACAACGCCCAGUCGAGCAGACGUGCACAAGAGCUGGUGAGGAUGGACAGUGAGGCUCAAGGCCACGAGAACCCUGUGUUUCUCGGGGGAUCACCGCAGAUUAAGACCCGUACUGUUUCUCAGAUCAUGACCAGACAGUCCUCAGAGACAGGACGCCACCUGUUGUCUGAGCCAGGAACCCCCUUCACUCCUCCUGUUCACGGUGACGUGUUCUUCCCAAUCGAAGACACCAUCCCUGAGUCUCCAGACUUAGUGCAGAUUUAAAGAGGUGUGAAACCUCCUUCGUCGCUCUCACUGCUGACCUGAAAAGUCCUCCGAUUCUCUUCUUCCUCUCUCUGCCUUCACAGCAAUAUUGCCCUUAUGAUCUAUCUCACAAUUACCUCUACUGGGACUGUCAUCUGUACAGUGUCUGGGCCGCAGGAGGGAACAGACUGCAUUUUUUGUUCAAACAUUUGUUCCACCUGCAACAACAGCCAGGGGGCCAAGAGUGAACUUUUGCUUGUGAGCAUUUGUGUUGUGGCGGGAGCUGGGUAUGUGUGUGACGCUCCAUCCAAAUGCUGACAACGGCUUGUGGACCAACAGGUACCCUGGUCAGGUGGGGCCUGCUGCUUGAGACGAUACCAGGGUGAUGAGGGUGGGGUUCUGCUGUGUGCAGGAGUGGUUAAGCAGAUCCUGUGGACUUACACACCUAACAUGUUUGGUGCAGUUGGUUCAGACAAACUAUGGUGAGUUUACUUGUUUGGUUUGGUUCAUUUUUUGAUGAUUCGAAACCUGGUGCGGACCAACAAUCAGACUUAAACCACCUGGUUUCUGUCCUUUAUCAGUUUAACUCUGGUGCAGUUCAUUUUUUGCAAAAUGACCAAAUAAACAGUGGUGUGAUAGUAAAUAUAUCACAGAUUUCAGCAUGAUUUUAAAAGCAAAGCUAUUACAAUCUCCCAUGUAAUUAUGAAAGAUCACUUGGUAACUAUUACUACUACAAGCUAAUAUGAUAUGCAUGCCACCAUAUGAGUGCAGGGAUUUUCCUUGAUAAAUCAGAAAAUGAAAAGAGGUUAAAACAGAAAGAUGAGAUGAUUGUGUCCUUGUAUUAAAGUAUCUUGCUGUCAGACACUGGAAUAAACUUGGAGUAAACUUUAGAUUUGUUACUCAUUGGUGUUUACAGUGUUAAUGAUAGAGGAUGACAAUCCCCAAAAAUGUAAACUGAAUGAGUUAUCUGUCAUUCCAUGUAAAUACAUGUGUCAGUGAGAAUACAAAACUCACUAAAAAGAAAACUAUCACUUCUUUUCUUUGGUCUGGACCAAGUGAACCAAACUAAAGGUGUGAAAGUGAAAAAGCGUCUCUCUCAUUCCUGUUAUCAUAAUAAGUGGCUGUAACAGCUACAUACCAAAGAGGACAGUCAAAGAAGUCCCAAUAUUUCUUGAACAAGUUUACAGAAACUUUACAGAAACUUACAGCAACGUCAUUGUUACUGUAUCAUUUCAAGAUGGCCUCUGCUUCUUUUCUCACUGUUACUGUCAGCUUUGUUGCUUUAAAUACUACUUCCUUCCUUCCUUCAUAUUCUCUCAAAAAUGCAGCACUUCACAGUAGCCUUAAAUAUUUUCAUAAAAUCAAUAAAUGUGAGAAAUUGUAAUUAAAAAAAAAAUUAAUUCACGCUUAUGUACAGUUUGAUCAUGUAAUUGUUUUGUUUAUUAAAACUGUUCUGAAUGUAACCUAAUAAAUUCUUACUAAAAAUCAUAAGACGCCAAAAAAAGUUAAACUGCUGUCCUCGUGCAAAUUAUGGUUUAUAACAUAUUUUUUUUUCUGGAUUGUAAAAAAAUGUAUCUUGAUUUUAUUGUCGGGAUGUGUAUAUUAGAGUUAUUCUUAUUUUGUCGUGUUACUGUUGCGUGACUGUUAAUAAGUUAACAUUGUUUAGUGUGGAGGAAUGUUAACCGAACCACAUGAAAGUGGAUGUAGAUGACAGAAAAUGAUCAUAGAGAAUGAUGACAGAAAAUUAGAUGAUUGCAAUAUUGUUAUUGUUGUCGUGAGGAACCACUGGUGGGUUUUAAAAAAAAAAUUGACGUAAAUAUGUAGCAGCAGGAUAUCAUCUCCAAAUGAUGUGUAGCAGGUGUGUAGGACAGGGUAUUUUAAAUUGUUAUUUUUUGUUUUUCAAAAAUGUGAGUACUUUCAUAAGUAGUCAAACCAAAGUCUUGAUGUGUUUUCAAAUUUGCCUGUGUGUGUGUUUGAAUGUGAGGUUAAAGUUUCAAGAAAAAUGUGUGUGUGUGUGUGUGUGUGUGUACAGGCUUUUUUGCAAGUUUGCAUCUGUAUGUAUGUGUUUUGGUGUUUCAUGUUGUACAAAGCUUGUAUUAAACACAUAGGCAGAACGAUCCUGUGAAAGCAUGUUUGUUCUGUAUAUUGCAUUUAAAUUGCUCUGGCUGUAGCUUGUAUAAUAAAUUGGAGUUCUUACACCUUGAA